CACCCCACUCAAGAUGGGAAAACACGACAAGAAGUCAGGCAAGGGCCGUCUGGACAAGUUCUACCGGCUCGCGAAGGAGCAGGGCUACCGUGCGCGUUCGGCCUUCAAGCUCAUCCACUUGAACCGCAAGUAUGACCUGCUGUCCAAGUCGCGGUGUGUGAUCGACUUGUGUGCGGCGCCCGGCGGAUGGCUGCAAGUGGCGGAGAAGUACAUGCCGAAGGGGAGCUUGAUUAUCGGUGUCGACCUCGUGCCCAUCAAGCCGCUGCCGCACACGAUCACGUUCACGGCGGACAUCACGACGCCGGCGUGCCGCAACGAGCUGCGCACGCACAUGCACGACUGGAAGGCGGAUUUGGUGCUGCACGACGGCGCGCCCAACGUCGGUGCUGCGUGGGUGCAGGACGCGUUCACGCAGAACGAGCUCGUGCUGCAGUCGCUCAAGCUGGCGUGCGAGUUCCUCAAGAAGGGCGGCAACUUUGUCACCAAAGUGUUCCGCUCGCAGGACUACAACUCGCUCCUGUGGGUCUUCUCCCAGCUCUUCCGGCACGUCGAGGCCACCAAGCCACCGUCGUCGCGUAAUGUCUCGGCGGAGAUUUUCGUCGUGUGCCGCGACUUCAUUGCGCCCAAGCACAUCGACCCCAAGUUCCUCGAUCCGAAGCACGUGUUCAAGGACGUUGCGCCGCUCCCUGCGUCCAUCACGGAGCCGGAGCAGGCGGGCGCGGCGACGGGCCAGUCGACUACACAGGCUGUCAACGCCGUCACCCGCCUCGUGAACAACCCGCACGCCGAGGCCAACGUCUACAACCCCGAGAAGAAGCGGCGCCAGCGCCAAGGAUACGCCGACGGCGACUACACACUGUUCCACAAGGCGUCGGCGCACGACUACGUCUACGGAACGGAUCCCAUCCAGAUCCUCGGCACGAUGAACCAGAUCGAGUUCUCGACGGACGAGGAGAAGGCGUGGCUCAAGAGCCGCCACACGACAUCGGACGUGGUCGCCAACUGCGCCGACCUCAAGGUGCUCGGCAAGCGCGACUUUAAGGAGCUUAUGAAGUGGCGUCUGGCGAUCCGUCUCGAGAUCGGCUUGGACGUCAAAGCCAAGGCGGCGGACGAGGCGACCGAGGAGGUCGACGUGCAGCCGAUAGACGAGGAAGAGCAGAUCACCGAGGAGAUCAAGCGCCUGCACGAGGAGAGGCUGUCGAAGCAGAAGCGCGACAAGCGGCGCAAGAACGAGAUCAAGGCCAAGACGAUGCAGAAGCUCAAGCUGGGCAUGACGGCGCCCACCGAUUUGGACAUGGACGACCGCGAGCUGGCCGGUGAAGAGAUGUUCGACUUGGGCGAGGGCGAGCGCGAGCUUGCGCGCGCCGGCGGGCGCAACCUGCGCGAGGUAGUGCAGGACGCGGACGGCAUGUCCGAGUCGGAGGAGGAGGCUGCGGUCGAGGACGACGCGGACGACGAGGUGCUCUCGUCCGACGAGGAGCGGGAGCGGCGCACGGCCGCGCUCGAGGCCGGCCUCGACAGCAUGUACGACGACUACCGCGAGCGCAUGGCGGAGCGGGACGCAAAGUACAAGGUGAAGCAGCAGCGGCUGAAGGACCGGAACUUUGACGCGUGGCACGGCAUCCGUGACGGGAGCGACAGCGAGGACGACGGCGUCGACAAGGGAUACCGCGACCAGAUGGUGCGCGUGCCCCGGCGCGGCGACAACGAGGAGGACGAGGAGUACGUGAGCGAGGACGGGGGGUGGGAUGUAGUUGCGGCGCAGAAGGCGACGCUGGGCGAGGCGGACAGCGACGAGUCGAGCGACGAUGACGACGACGACGCCAAGCCAAAGCGCAAGGUCAAGGCCAAGGUGACGAUUCCCGCCGAUGCGCGCCCCCUCGCCCCACGGCCGAAGGGGUUGAUGACGACGUUGGCACCGGACGAGUCGCGCGCCAAGAUGAGCCGCCAGGCGCAGGUGUGGUUCGACCAGGGCGUGUUCAAGGACGUGGGGGAUCUGGCGGCGCUGGACGGCGACGACGAAGACUCUGACGAGGACGACGGCGACGGCGAAGACUCUGAUGUGGAGAUGGAGUCCGAGUCCGGGUCUGAAGCGGACUCCGAGUCCGAGACCGAGAGUCUCGAGUCGACGCUCGACGACGUCGACGCCGAUGACGACGAGUUCGAAAUCGUGCCGCAGGAAGUGGACGACGCGCCCGAAUGGGACGUGGACGACGAAGACCAAGACGCGACGCUGCAAGCGCAGAUCCAGCGCAAGGGCCUGCUGACGGCGGAGGCGCAGACGCUCGCCUCCAAGCUCGUGAACCGGGAGAUCACGGCGUCGCAGCUCGUCGACCAAGGCUUCAACCGCCUGUCGACGUACAACAAAGACGGGCUGCCGGCGUGGUUCUUGGACGACGAGGCGAAGCACUACCGCCCCAACAUCCCCGUGACGAAGGAGGCGAUCGCGGCGCUGCGGGAGCGGCAGCGGGCGCUGGACGCGCGGCCGAUCAAGAAGGUCGCCGAGGCCAAGAUGCGCAAGAAGCGUGUGGCCGCGACGAGGAUGGAGCGCGCGAAGAAGAAGGCUGCGGGCGUCAUGGAGACCGAGGAUCUCAACGACGGCGAAAAGGCGCGCGCCGUGUCCCGCCUCCUCCGCCGCGCGGCGAAUACCAAGCGGCCGGAGAAGAAGGUUGUCGUGGCCCGCGGGUCGAAUCGCGGCAUCAAGGGCAGGCCGAAGGGCGUCAAGGGGAAAUACAAGAUUGUGGACGCGCGCAUGCGCAAGGAGACGCGCGCACUCAAGCGCAUCGCAAAGGAAAAGAAGAGGAGGUAGCGGUAGAUGUAGAGAUAGAGAUUGCAUGGAUACCACUGGAGAUGGCGAGCAAGACUACAACAUGGGAUAUGAUACAAUGCUGGAGAGAGCUGGGAGACCGAGAGCCCGAGGC